CGGGAGGAGCUUGGCUCCGUCAUCUGCCCGCAUGCAAAACCGUGCAGGGGUUGGCGGCUGCUGAGAGCAGGGCGCUGCAAGGGGAGAGGGGCGUCUGCGCGGUUGCAGAGCUCUCUUUCUCUCUCGAUCUCCGCCGCACUCGCUUUCCUAUUUCUCGCUUCUUCUCCAGCGGCAUUCCAGGUUUUCCUCCUCCCGGAGCCUCCCACCUCCUUUUCUCCUCCCCUCGAGGAGGCGGCGCCUCGUUUCAAGCUCUCUUUCUCCCUCUCCCCCUGGCUCUCCUGUUCCAUUAAAGGAAUGUUCUCCCCUCCGCCCCAUCUCGCCAUCACCUUCUCGCCGUGAAAUUUAAAUGCAGUUUUGACCCCCCAAAAAAAGAGAGAGACAGAAGAAGGGACUGACAUCAUCCUGCCUCGGAACUGAAAGCGAAGAAAACGAAGGCGAAGGGAUCUGCUUCUUAAUUUUUCACCAGUAUUUUUCGUUUUGUUAUAACUCUCCAAGCUGCUGCGGGCUCCUAGGAGGCUGGAUCGCCGAGGGUGCGCGCUCAGUGCCCCUAGCGCAAGAUUUUUUUGUUUUAUUUUGCAGCGGGUGGAUCGAGGUGGCAGCGAUGUUGGAGCAAGUGAAACGGGCAAAGACCUAAAGCAGGUUGAUGAUCUACGAGCCAACAACUGCCCCCCACCCCCCACCCCCCGCUCCUGCGCGGCUUGCUGUGGUUUUGAUUAACCUCUGGUAAGUUGAUUGCUUCGCUUGGAGAGAAAAAAAUAGCUACAGAGCUUUCGGAGCUGAUCCUUUUUUAAUUUGGGUUGUGUGGCUUUUUUAUUUUUUUGGCGUCGAAUUUUAAGGCAUGGGAGUUGUAGGCAGGAGAAUGCGAUUUACAGAAACGAGUAGAUUUGCUCUUCUUCCUUCUUGUGCUCUUCCCUGAAGAAUUAUAGUGAACUGGGGUUUUUUGUGUGUUUGUGUUGUUGUUUUUUUAAAAAAAGAAACCCUCCAAGAUGUUGCAUUAAAAAACAUUUUGACCUGAAGGAUUUUUAAAAAAUAAAAUAAAAUAAAAACAAUUUUAUUUAAUUUUUGUGAAGGGCGGUUUUCUUAAAGGAGUAAAAGUAGAAGUGGCUCUAUACAAACAUGGCAAAGAAUUCUGUGGAAGGGUCCAAGGAAGACCUGAGCAAAGUGACGGAAGAGGACAUGUUGAGGUGCAGCAAGGAAGAACUGGUGAAGAGGCUGAAGAAACUGGAGAGCGAAAAGAUGAACUUGAUGGUGGAGCACGGCAACUUGAUCAAGGACGUGAACCAGAGGCUCCAGAUUCAUUUGCACGAGAUCAGGGGGCUGAAGGAAGUGAACCAAAAGCUCCAGGACGACAACCACGAACUGAGGGAGCUCUGCUGUUUCCUGGACGAUGACCGGCAGAAGGGGAAAAAGCUGUCCAGGGAAUGGCAGAGGUUCGGGAGGCACACGGCCGGCGUGAUGUGGAAGGAGGUGGGGAUGUACCAGCAGAAGCUGAAGGAGCUGGAGGCUAAGCAGGACUCCCUCAUGAGGGAGAACAUGGAGCUGAAGGAGAUUGUCCUGAUGUUGGACGAAGAGAGGAACGGAGCGGGCUCUCGGAGUUCGAUAGACAGCCAAGCCAGCCUCACCAACCUGAACGGGGGCUCUGGAACCAGGGAUGUUGGAGAUGGGAGCAGUACCUCCAGCACUGGCAGCGCAGGGAGCCCAGACCAUCACCACCAUCUUCACCAUCACAAGCCUGUUGAGAACAAGGCCGGAGCUAUCCGCAGGUCGAUGGAUGACCUCUCUGCACCGCUUCACCACCGGAGCAUCCCUAAUGGACUGAAUGAUUCAUCUUCUAACUACAUCAGACAACUUGAAACAAAAGUCAAGCUGCUAGAGGACGACAAUAAACUUCUCUCUCAGCAAUCAAGCUCUGGGGAUCUGAGGACUCUGAGGAAAGGGUUAUCCCCGUACCAUUCCGAGUCGCAGCUGUCAUCACUGCCGCAGUAUCAGGACGCCAUGCAGAAUGGCCCUGUCCGUAUGGCUCCUGAUCUUGCCGCGUCUCCUGCCGUGGGAUAUGUCUCCAUAAACCAGAAACCUGAAGCCGUGGUGCACGCUAUGAAGGUCCUUGAAGUCCAUGAGAAUUUGGACAGGCAAAUUCAAGAAAACUAUGAAGAAGACCUGAGUGAAAAGGAGAAAGCAAUUGUUCGUGAAAUGUGCAAUGUCGUCUGGCGGAAACUGGGGGAUGCAGCAAGCUCCAAACCGUCCAUCAGGCAACAUCUUUCCGGAAACCAGUUCAAAGGCCCGUUAUAAGCACCUCAUGCAGCAAGGCUGGGAGAGGAAAGAGGAAGAGCAACAGGGACUGCUCUGCAUCUAGCUGCCAGGGUUAUCUUUUCCUACUCGCUCCCAUCUUUCUGUAACUGUUUAUAGUGUAAAUAAGGCAGCUUGGAAGGCUUGGCCUGCAGGCUGUGCUGAUCCAGAACAAUGUUAAAUGGGUUAAUAACUAUCCUCCAAUGGCCGAUUUGUGUCAUUUGUAUUGUAGUGACAACCUGCUUUGUUGUAUGGUCAUAUGUAGAGAUACCUGAACCCAAAAGCAAGGGACCUUCCUCGCCUCUACAGUUUCCAGUCCGUUGCCAUUUUGCGAUCGCAAAUUUGGGUUGCGCCCCGGGGAGUUGAUUGGGAGGUCUUGCACAACACAACUGCUUCGUUCCUCCGCCUCCCCCCCAAAAAGAUUAGGCUGUUUGCCAUAAGGAAAGUGAUGGAGAAAUGCAUGGGAAAGUGCACUUUUUUUGGUGCAACACCACCCUGCCAACAAAUCAGGACAAAUGCGCAAUAAAACAGGUCGUCCAAAAGCACCCGCCCUUUCUUCCUUUGCCCUGUUCACGGAGCUACAACCCCAGCUGCGUUGUUUUAGAAACUAACAUGGAAUCCACAACACCAGAAGUAGCUCUGUGAUAUCUCUGUAGCCUUAUUAUUUUGGCAAUUACCUGUUGAGAGUGAUAAGCUUUGCUAGAGAUCUUUGGUUGGUAUUAAAAUGCGCGUUUUGAGAAGCAAUGCCCGGCCUGCACAGCUGAA